AAGAAGGAUUAGGGGUUGCUAAGAGAGUGGUUAGUGAACUUUUGGUAGGAGGGUAUCAAAGAGUUUUAGGAUUAGAACUUGAUGAUGUGAAAGGGUUUUUGAGAAGAGAAGAUCAUGGAACGCGAAAGAAAUUGUUUGAGUUUGGGAAUGGGAAUGGGAAUGGGAAUGAAGAGAAGAAAAGAAGAAGUGGGAUUUUUAAAAAUGAUCAAAUGGAUCCGUUGAGUUCUUCUUUACCUUCUACUGCUUUAACUUCAUCAUCUUCAACUUUGAAUCAACCGAUCAUACAAGAAGGGAGUGGGAUGAGAGUUAGUCUUGGGGAGAGGUUGUCUAGUUUUCCUGGAUUAGGAUCUAAGAAAACUAAACGAAACCUUUCGAUGAGUUCAAAGGAACUUGUGAUUGAUCAAGAAGAAAACCUAGAUAGUUCAGGACCUAUUGAAAGGUUUGAAAAAUGUAAUGGAGCUGAAGGAUUAGUUAUGGGAGAUAUUGCUUUGUUGGUUAAAGAUUAUCAGAGGCUAGCGAAGAUUGGUAGAAAACAUGGGAUUUGGAAAUGAUUUGUUUUGGUACAUCAUUCAUCCAGAUCAGUUUUUUGGGGGGGGACAAAUGGCUUGAGAAUCGUGAAAUUGGUUUCGAUUGUAGCUUGUUUUUGUUUGACUGAAAUAUUGAUGUUUUGAAGAAGAAAAAAAACUUUUUUUUUGCUUUUCUGAUUUAAGUAUGCAGAAUGUGUUAAAACUUACUGAUUCGUUUUUAAAAAGGUUUUUUAUGUAUUGUUUUCUUCUUCUUUUGAAACUUAUUUCUUAUGAUCUGAAAGUUUAUUUAUUUAAGUUUGUAGAAUUUCGAGGAUUUGGAUGUGAGGUUUUGGAGAAAUGUGAGUGGUCUUAUAAUUGAGAGGAAUCAAAGGAUCUUAAUGGAAGAGACGUCAUAGAGUGAGUUGAUCGGGUUCUGGAAAUGUCUUUGUGGAUUUCUAUUUCAAGUUUUGUGUCUAGGUGUCGGUGGUUGUGUGAGGGAAAUCUUUCUGAGCAAAAAUACGUUGCUUAUUUCUUUACUUCCUGAUGCAAUAUGAUUAAUUUGGUCCAAAUC